AUGCCCUCCCCACCCCCCGCCUGGGUCCAGGCUCUCAAGCCGGCCGACCCGCAGGGCUCCGAGCUUCUCUCGCAGGAGCGUGCCCAGUCCAACGUCAACGUCGACCGACUGGGUGAACUACUACACACCAAGGAAUUCCUCGACCGACAAGACCGUCUCCUCGCCCUGCUCCAGGCCGACCCUGUUUUCGACAAAUCCCAGAACCACACGCUAGGUCGCACCGAGCGGAUCCAGAAGUCCCUGGGCAAGGCGAAGCGAUUGCAGCAGUUGGCCGAGAAGCACAAUUGGUCGAUGGAGGAGUUACAUGCGGCGAAUGAAUUGCUGGGAGAGCCGACGCCGUAUGGAUUGCAUGCGUCGAUGUUUCUGGUCACAUUGCGCGAACAAGGAACCCCCGAGCAACAUAAACUUUUUCUGGAGCGGGCCCAGAAGUACCAGAUUCUAGGAUGUUAUGCGCAGACGGAGCUGGGCCACGGCUCGAAUGUGCGUGGUCUGGAGACCACUGCUACGUGGAACCAAGAGGAUAAGACGUUCACGAUCCAUUCGCCGACUUUGACGGCGUCAAAGUGGUGGAUUGGGUCGUUGGGUCGCACUGCAAACCAUGCGGUCGUGAUGGCGCAGCUCUACAUCGGCGGCAAGAACUACGGUCCUCAUCCGUUUGUCGUCCAGGUCCGGGAUCUGCAGACGCAUCAGCCUCUGGAGAAUGUCUAUGUUGGAGAUAUUGGACCGAAGUUUGGAUACAAUACCAUGGAUAACGGUUUCCUGCUGUUUAACCAUGUCAAGAUCCCCCAUGUGAACAUGCUGGCUCGCUUCUCCAGCAUCGACAAGGAGACUGGCAAAUACCUGCGCCCUGCAUCGCCGACGUUGGUGUACGGAACCUUGACCUGGGUGCGCUCGAACAUCGUGCUUCAAGCCGGUGGCGUGCUUGCUCGCGGUGUCACCAUCGCCACUCGGUACUGCGCCGUGCGCAAGCAGUUCCAGGACCGCGAUGCCAAGGGUAACGUGGGCGAGAACCAGGUCCUCAACUACAAGAUGGUCCAAGUCCGUCUUCUGCCUCUGCUGGCAUCUAUGUAUGCACUGCAUUUCACCGGUCGCGGCAUGAUGCGGCUCUACCAGGAGAACCAGAAGCGCAUGAAUGCGGGUUCUCAGCCCGGACAGGACACCCGAGGCGCCGGUCCCGAGCAGCUUCGGGCUGGUGCCGACCUGCUGGCGGAUCUCCACGCCACUUCUUGCGGUCUGAAGGCUUUGGCCAGUACCACAGCCGGCGAGGGUCUUGAGAUCUGUCGUCGGGCCUGCGGUGGUCACGGUUACAGCAGCUACAGCGGUAUUGGGCCGUGGUACUCUGAUUACCUCCCCACUUUGACCUGGGAGGGUGACAACUACAUGUUGACUCAACAGGUUGCGCGAUACCUCCUGAAAUCCGCCCGUGCCGUUCUCGCCGGUAAAGGCGCCAACAACGACACCUGCCAGAUCCUGCAAACCUACCUCUCGCGGCGCGACAAGGGCGCCUCGUUCGACGUGCUGGAAGUCGACAGUGACAUCGUCGCGGCCUUCGCCUGGCGGACGGCUCAUCUCACCUUCGAAGCCCUCAAGCACCGCGAUGUGGAGAAGCGCUCGUGGAACAGCCUCCUCGUCGACUUUUGGCGCCUCUCGACCGCUCACUCGCAGUACCUCGUCGUCAAGAACUUCCACGAAGCCGUCACCUCGCCGCAUCUCACCAGCGCCCUGGACCCGGAGACCACGACGCUCAUGCACCAGCUCUUCCGUCUCUAUGCGCUGCACACGCUAGAGCGCGAGGCCGCCGAAUUCUUCUCUUCGAGUGCCGUCACCACUCGCCAGAUCUCCUUGGCGCAGACCAACGCCGUCAUGAAGCUCCUCGACGACAUUCGGCCCCACGCCGUGCGUCUCGUCGACGCCUGGAAAAUCCCCGACUGGCAGCUCGACAGCAGUCUUGGACGCUAUGACGGCGAGGUCUAUCCGGAUCUGUUCCGCAGAGCGAGUCAGAACCCGGUCAAUGAUCUGGUGUUUGAUCCGUAUCCGUGGAACGAGGCGGUGUUGAAGAACGCGCCGCCGAAGAGUAAGCUGUGA